AUUUAAUAAUAAGUGUUGAAAGUUAGUUAAAGAACCAAUGAGAGAUAUUCCUAGGAAGGAGUGAAGCACGGCCCGCAGUGAGACAAUUCCGUCGUGUCCUCGGACUUUUCGGAGACCCAUAUGUGAAUGUGAGACACAGUCACAACAAACCAAACAGAAAAUCACAAACACCAAUUCCACUUCUACAAUGCACAAUUAGUGAAAAAUCAUUUUCAAUUCGUGCCUUCCUUCAUCUUCCUCAAAAAUCAUUUACAAUAGGACCCCACUUUCGCUAUCGUCGCAACGCAACGUUUUUUCAUCUUUUCUUUUUUGCCUUCCUUCUUACACCAAGAUUCUAUAAGGUCUGGUCUUGGAGAUAAUAUAAAGAUUCAUCAUCAUGGCGACGAAAGGAAACCCUGGAGAUAAUAGAAAUAACAAAGGUCCAAUGUCAAUUUUCAUUGUAGUUGGUUUGUGUGGUUUUUUCUAUAUAUUAGGUUUGUGGCAAAGGAGUGGUUUUGGAAAGGGAGAUAGCAUUGCUGUUGAGAUUACUAAACACACUGAUUGUAGUGUUCUCUCUGAUCUAAAUUACGAAACUCACCAUGAUAGUGACGCUGGAACGCCUGAUGAUUUGGAUGAACAAGUCAAGGAGUUCAAGCCUUGCGAUGAUCACUUCAUUGAUUACACGCCCUGCCAUGAUCAAGCAAGGGCAAUGACGUUUCCGCGAGAGAAUAUGAAUUAUAGAGAAAGGCAUUGUCCUCCUGAUGAAGAGAAAUUGCAUUGUCUUAUAGCUGCACCAAAAGGGUAUGCCACACCAUUUCCUUGGCCUAAGAGUCGCGACUAUGUGCCGUAUGCAAACGCGCCUUACAAGAGUUUGACGGUUGAGAAGGCUGUGCAGAAUUGGAUACAGUAUGAAGGGAAUGUUUUUAGGUUCCCUGGUGGUGGAACUCAGUUUCCUCAGGGAGCUGAUGCUUAUAUUAAUGAACUUGCAGCUGUUAUUCCAUUAGACAAUGGGAUGGUUAGAACUGCAUUAGAUACUGGUUGUGGGGUUGCUAGUUGGGGUGCAUACCUGUUUAAGAAAAAUGUAAUUGCAAUGUCAAUUGCACCAAGGGACUCUCAUGAGGCACAGGUGCAAUUUGCUUUGGAAAGAGGUGUUCCUGCAAUCAUUGGUGUUCUUGGAACAAUAAUGCUUCCUUUUCCUUCUGGAGCUUUCGACAUGGCACAUUGUUCUCGCUGCUUGAUUCCGUGGGGUGCAAAUGGUGGAUUGUAUAUGAAGGAAGUUGACCGAGUUCUUAGACCUGGUGGUUACUGGAUACUUUCUGGUCCUCCCAUCAAUUGGAGGAACAGCUACCGAGCAUGGCAACGCCCUGAAGAUGAGCUUGAGGAGGAGCAAAAGCAGAUUGAAGACACUGCUAAACUUCUUUGCUGGGAAAAGAAACAUGAGAAAGGUGAAAUCGCGAUAUGGAGAAAAGCAUUAAACAAUGAUGAAUGUGAGCAAGAUUCUCAACCUACAAUAUGUGAAUCCACAAAUUCUGAUGAUGUCUGGUACAAGAAGAUGGAAAAUUGUGUAACGCCUGCUAAACCUAGUGGUUCAUGGAAGCCAUUCCCAGAGAGACUCAAGGUUGUUCCUUCUAGAAUCACCAGCGGAUCUGUUCCUGGUGUAUCCACAGAGGUAUUCCAGGAGGACGUCCGAUUAUGGAAGAAACAUGUGAAUGCUUACAAACGUGUCAACAAAAUCAUUGACUCGGGAAGGUAUCGCAAUGUGAUGGACAUGAAUGCUGGUCUUGGAAGUUUUGCUGCUGCCAUUGAUUCUCCCAAAUUAUGGGUUAUGAAUGUUGUUCCUACAAUUGCCGAGAAAGCUAACCUUGGUGUUAUAUUCGAGCGAGGAUUGAUUGGCAUUUAUCAUGAUUGGUGUGAAGCCUUCUCCACAUAUCCAAGGACUUAUGACCUUAUCCAUGCAAAUGGUCUUUUCACCUUGUACAAGAAUCAGUGCAAUGCAGAAGAUAUCCUAUUAGAGAUGGACCGUAUCUUACGGCCUGAGGGGGCGGUAAUAUUCCGAGAUCAAGUUGGUGUACUAAAGCAAGUGAAAAGAAUUGCAAAAGGAAUGAGAUGGAAUACCAAAAUGGUGGAUCAUGAGGAUGGUCCACUGAUUUCAGAGAAGGUCUUGUAUGCUGUCAAGCAGUAUUGGGUUGCAGGUAACAACACAACAAGCUCAGAGUGAUAAUAGAAUGGAAGAAUAGUUUCAAUAUUUUUCAGCUAACAUAUUGAUUCUACUUGUGAUUUGUAUUUGGGAUAUGAAUUUUUCUAGAGUCUUAACCAGUGAGCAUAUAUGUUUAUUUUGUUGAAUGUAGAGUUGAUAGAUGUCUUACUUUUUAGAGUUUUAAUAUAAAUCAUAGUCAUCACUUAUCAUAUUUCUUUA